AUGCCAGUGGAACAGGUAAAACCAGAAAUACUCUACGUCCCACCGACAGCACAUUCCCCCAAUUCAAAGCUACCCGUGGUCGUAUACCGAAAUGCGUUGACAGAUCCGACUCCCGAUGGUGUCCUGCAGGCCGUUGAGGAAAGCGAAUGGAAGAAAGGUGGACACUGGAAAAUCGCCAAAGAAAGUCUAGCAGCUACUCCGCACUAUCACUCAACAACGCAUGAGGCAUACACCGUGCUGCAUGGAGCUGCUACCUACCUUCUGGGAAAAUCACCUCUCGACCCGGGGACUGACAGCAAUGGGGAUUCAACCGGUGUGAGAUUUACAGCUCGGGCAGGCGAUGUGUUUGUGUUCCCGGCCGGUGUGACACAUUUUGUGACGGAUGUCGAGGAUGAAUACGAAUUUAUUGGCUUUUACUCAUUGUCCUCUCAGAAUGAUCAAAACUCCCUCAAAGAACCAUAUAAUAUGGAAUAUGCGACUGAUUCUAUAGAAAUAACGAAUCAAAAACGAGGAAAAUGCGAGCUAGUCCCAGUCCCAGCCCACGAUCCUAUUUAUGGCGAAGAAGGUCCGAUGAUCAAGAUCUGGAAGAGUGUUUAG